GUUUGUGCCGCUUUGGGCCGCAGACGGUUUGAACCGCAGGACGAAGCGAAGUCGCCUCCGAAGCCCCGCAAACCCCCGCCAGCCGCCUCCCGCAACAAAAACCACCGCCGACGAGAUGGGAAACUGUCAACCCACAGUGUUUCCCUACGAGGACUUUGAUGUCGUCGCUGACAUCAAGGCCAUCCGCAAAGCCUGCAAAGGGUUUGGAACUGACGAGCAGGCGAUCAUCGACAUCCUGGCGAACCGCAGCUCAUCGCAGCGCCAGGAAAUUAAACAGGCCUACUUUGAUAAGUAUGACGACGAGCUGGUGGAUGUGCUGAAGAGCGAGCUGUCGGGAAACUUUGAGAAGGCCAUCCUCGCCAUGUUGGACCCGCCCGUCAUCUACGCCGUGAAGGAGCUGAGGAGAGCCAUGAAAGGAGCCGGCACGGACGAAGACGUGCUGGUGGAGAUCCUCUGCACCGCCACCAACGCCGAUGUUCUGAUGUUCAAGGAGUGCUACUUUCAGGUGCAUGAACGUGAUCUUGAAGCCGACAUCGAGGGCGACACGAGCGGAGAUGUAAGAAACCUCCUCACGGCUCUGCUGCAGGGGGGCAGAGAUGAGAGCUACGAGGUGGACGAAGAGCUGGCUGAGCAAGAUGCGACUGCCCUGUUCGAGGCUGGCGAGGGCCGCUUCGGGACCGACGAGUCCACCUUCAGCUACAUCCUGGCCACCAGGAACUACCUGCAGCUCCAGGCCACCUUCAAGAUAUACGAGCAGCUCUCAGGAACUGAAAUACUGGACGCCAUUGAGAAUGAAACCUCUGGAACGUUGAAGAAAUGCUACAUUGCUCUUGUGAGGGCUGCCAAGAACCCGCAGCUCUACUUCGCCAGGCGUCUCAACGAUGCGAUGAAAGGAGCGGGCACCGAUGAGGAUACCCUGAUUCGCAUCAUCGUGUGUCGCUCUGAGUACGAUUUGGAAACCAUCAAGGACAUGUACCUGGAGAAGUAUGACGUGUCUCUGAAGGACGCUCUGAGGGACGAGUGCAGCGGAGACUUUAAACGUCUCCUUCUAGCCAUCUGCCACUGAGAGUCAGGGCAGAAGUCGCCCGUCUAAAAAACUAACAGUACUCAGUCUCUCCGAUUGAGCGGUAUUAUUUCGGGAGCAGGAGGGGGGUGAAGUCAUGAAGUAAUGUACUUUUAGGUGUCUUUUUCUUUACGUUUUCUUACAAACAUUGACCGUAAUUGUUCAAAUCUGUGAGUCAGACUGUGCCUGUGUACUACUGCCUGUAACCUCUUUCUUACCACAUUUACCAGCGUUGACAUAGCGGUAAGUGAUUUUUAACCACUAUAGAAGAAAAGCACUCAGUAUUCAACAUUUUAACUGGAGCUAGUUUAAGUCACACUGAUGCAGAGACACUCAUCAGGUGUUUUUAAUGAUGUUCAAAGGGCCCAUUUUGCAUUUAGCCUGAACCAGACAGUAGUGUGUUGUUGCAUUCCUUUAAGUAUUGAAAUUUACUGUAUUUGAUCAUCACCCUCCGUGCGCCUGAUCCAAACACUGUUGUACUUUACUGCUGUUAUAACUAAUGCAAUCACUCCGUCUGCCUUGAAUUUUAUGUUUCUGAAUGGAA